AUUCUGUCAGAACGCAGCAAGCAGCAGGAACAUUAACCAGCACUGAAGUCAAUUUGAUUUGAUUAAGUGGAAAGAGUAGAGAAAAUGUACCAACUUUCACAACCAGAAAUGAUUACAGGAAAAUACUACUAUGUGCUUGAGACGGGCAGGACAGGCAAGUUACGGAUGGAGAUUUUAAAACAUCUCCUGAAACAAAGAAGCCAUUUAGAGGAGGUGUACAGUGUGAACCAAUGUGAUGUGAUUUUGGUUUUAUGCCCUAUUACUUCACGGGCAGGAACUGACAUUGAUGCUGCUCUGAACAAACUUAAUAAAUUGUCAGCAUCCAAGCCAGCCAUUUUUAUGGUGCUGCAUCACACUUCCGACCCUUAUAAAGUUGUACCAGACAGCGGCAGGUUUAUACAGGGGAUGAAUAUGCUUACAGUGGAUAUUCUGUUCUAUGAAGAUGUCGGAUUGUUGAAUUGCAUCAUGAAUGAUGAAGCACUGGGCAGAGUUGUUCGCUGCUUCAAGCCUCAGGAACGAUGGAGUAAAUUUUUAAUCAUUGCAACCAUCGCUGUCAUUGUUUUAGUGUAUUUUAUGUUUAGUAAAGAUGACAGAUUGGAUGAAAGCAGUGAUAUGAUAAACCUGGAGCAUCAGGUGACGUUGAACACAGACUAUAAUGGCUGAAUAAUGUGUCAGUGUGUCAUUUCUGAAAUCACAGAGGAGACAUUAAUGCGUUCAAUAUUAACAACAUUAAGCUAAAAUAGGAUGUAAUGUGUUAAUGUUAAUAGGUGCAUGCACAUAGAUAAUUGAGCUUUAGCUGCAUGAACAGCAUUAACCUUGAGACAUUAUUGGGAAGUCAUAUUAGCACUGAAUUGCUACUAUUAAAAAAAGAAAGAAAGAAAGAAAGAAAGAAAAAAAGAAAGAAAGAAACUACAACAUAAAAAAGCAUUUUAGAUGCUUAAAGUUAAUUUAAUAUUUAUUUUUCUAUAAUUAUUUUUGGAUGUUGGUUGCAAAUUACGAAAUAAAAUGUGUCCUGAUUGUGAAAA